AUGGAUAGAGCGUCCCUAGCGGACAAGCCAUCGUAUAACGCCCUCUCGUACACCUGGGGUGCUCCAAACUUCACGCAGAGUAUAUGCAUAAACGGUCGUUGCUUCCGGGUCACGAAGAAUCUCCAAAGUGCGCUUUUCCAUCUGCGGCAGCAGCAUGAGAGUGUAGUCGUUUGGAUCGAUGCAGUUUGCAUCAAUCAGAAAGACAACGAAGAGAAGAGUCAUCAGGUUCAGCAGAUGCAGAGGAUCUAUGAAGAAGCCCAACUCGUCCUUAUCUGGCUUGGUCCUGCUAGAGACGAAAGCGACGUCGCGAUGGACAACGACAAGGAAGACGAGGAAGACGAUGGACUUACCCUCGAGCAAAUACUCUCUCAAGUGACCAACAAACACGGGACUCAAGCGGCACUCCCGACCGGCGCUAUAUACCAUCUUCUCCAGCGACCGUGGUGGCAGCGUGUCUGGGUUGUGCAAGAGCUGGGUGCGGCGCGGAAGGCCAUUUUCAUGUGCGGCUCCAGGAGUAUCGACGCCAACCGCAUGUCCACAGCGUUGACGAUUUUCCGC